UGUAGCUAGUCUUGGAAUCUGAGCACUGCCAAGAGGCAAAGACAGGAGCCAGUGUCGCACUUCAAUGAGAAUGACAUACACUCAAAAGAGCAAGGAAAUCUUUUUCUAAGGGAAUCAGAGGAAGAUCAAAGUCUACGAUGGCAGAGUUGCUGAUCCAACCGUUUACAUCAUUUCCCAUUCAGCGCCUUCCUUAUUAGAUUAUUUAUCCGGAGUUGUGCCUGUCUUGGGGAUCAGUCGGAAACAGCCAAGUGAUGAUUCACUUUGCCUGGCUCUUCCUGCUGUUCUGCCUCCUCCCCCUGAGCUCACCCGUCAUGGUGGUUAGGGGCCGGACCGGCCCGCCCCGCCCGUUCGGUCACUCGCUGCAGAUGGACGGGAGGGUGCUGCACCGAUCCAAACGUGACUGGAUGUGGAGGCAGUUCUUUCUGUCGGAGGAGUACACAGGAAGCAGCUAUCAGUAUGUGGGGAAGCUUCGGUCAGAUAAGGACCGAGGAGACGGCACCGCGAGGUACGUCCUCUCUGGGGAAGGAGCUGGUACCAUCUUCCGCAUCGAUGAAAAGUCGGGCGACCUCCACGCCACGCAGAGGCUGGACCGUGAGGAAAAGGCGUCCUACACGCUGCAAGCGCAGGCCUUCAACAAGUACACCGGCCUCCCCCUGGAGCCUGCCACGGAGUUCAUCGUCAAGAUCCAUGACAUCAACGACAAUGAGCCCAAAUUUACCAAGGAUGUCUACUCGGCUAGCGUGCCCGAAAUGUCUGACGUCGGUACCUUUGUGAUAGAAGUCAAUGCUACCGAUGCAGAUGACGCCUCAUAUGGUAAUAGUGCUAAGCUUGUGUACAGCAUCCUGCAAGGUCAGCCAUACUUCUCAGUGGAGCCUGAGACAGGGAUUGUGAGAAUAGCCCUUUCCAACAUGGACCGGGAGGUCCGCAAAGACUACCAGGUGGUUAUCCAGGCCAAGGACAUGGCAGGACAGAUGGGAGGUCUCUCUGGAACCACCAUGGUCAAUGUGACCCUUACAGACAUUAACGACAGCCCCCCACGCUUUGCCUUCAGUUCGUACCAAAUGAGUGCUUCCGAGUCAGCAGAAAUUGGCAAACCGGUGGGUGAGCUCAAAGCCAACGAUGGAGACGAAGGAAAGAACGCUGAGAUGAAGUACAGGAUUGUUGACGGGGAUGUGAAAGACUCGUUCGACAUCAUCACAGAUGAGCGACAAGCAGGCAUCAUUCUCAUCAGGAAGAAACUGGAUUAUGAGAGCCGGCGGGUUUACACCAUCAAAGUGGAAGCGACCAACACGCACAUGGAUGCCGACUUUGCGCACCUGGGCCCGUUCUCAGACACAGCUAUCGUGAAGAUCACCGUUAAGGAUGAGGAUGAGCCACCGGUCUUCAGCAGGCCGCUGUUCGUCAUCGAGGUGAACGAAGACACGCCAAAGGGAAGCAUUAUUGGCACAGUUACAGCCUGGGACCCUGAUGUAACCGAUCACCCCGUGCUGUUCGCAAUAGACCAGCACACGGAUCCCGACAGACUCUUCCACAUCGACCCCAGAAAUGGAUCCAUCACGACCUUGAAACCUCUCGAUAGAGAAGUGUCAAACUGGCAUAACAUCUCUGUGCUCGCCAGCGAAAUGAAUAACCCUCACCAGCGGAGCCGAGUUCCUGUCUUGAUAAAAGUCCUGGACGUGAACGACAACGCACCCGAGUUUGCCAUGCUUUACGAGACGUUUGUUUGUGAGAAUGUGAAACCUGGACAGCUAAUUCAAACAAUCAGUGCCAUAGACACAGACGAGCCACUCAUUGGCCACAAAUUUGUAUUCAGUCUCAGCAGCAGCAAUCCAAACUUCACCAUAUUUGACAACGAAGAUAACACCGCUAGGAUUCUCACCCGAAGGGGUGGGUUCAGCAGACAGGAAGUGAGUGUCUACUUCCUGCCCGUGGUCAUCUCGGACAAUGACUACCCCAUCCAGAGCAGCACCAGCACGCUGACCGUCCGCGUGUGCGGCUGCGACGGUACUGGCAACAUGCGCUCAUGCAGCGUGGACGCCCUCCUGCUGUCAGCGGGGCUGAGCACCGGCGCCCUGGUGGCCAUCCUCCUCUGCAUCAUCAUCCUCCUCAUGAUCGUGGUGCUGUUCUCGGCCCUGCGACGGCAGCGGCGGAAGGAGACCCUGAUCAUGUCCAAGGAGGAUGUGCGGGACAACGUGGUCAGCUACAACGACGAGGGCGGCGGCGAGGAGGACACGCAGGCCUUCGACAUCGGCGCUCUGCGCAACCCGGAGGCGGUCGAGGGCAGCAAGACGCGACGGGACAUCAUCCCCGAGAUGCUGUUCCCAUACCGGCGGGCGUCGCCGGCCAGUGAGUGCGCCGACGUGCGGGACUUCAUCGGCGGGCGGCUGCGUGACAGCGACGCCGACCCCACCGCUCCACCCUACGACUCGCUUGCCACCUACGCCUACGAGGGCAGCGGCUCCAUCGCCGACUCCCUCAGCUCGCUGGAGUCGUCGCUCGCCGAGGGCGACCACGAGUACGAUUACCUCAGCACCUGGGGGCCGCAGUUCAAAAAGCUGGCCGACAUGUACAUUGGCAAGGAGGGCGGCGCGGCCACCUAGCUGCACGGCAUGAAGCGAAUGCCCCACCCCGGCCGCUAACGCCCGUGAGACGCCCCUGAUCCAGAGGGAUUAACCCGCCCUACCACUCACCCGCUUGAUUGUUUUUCUACUGACUCUCGCUGACUUUCACUUUUGCUAUCUGGUGGAUUCUUCGUCGACUAUGUUGUGGCCAUUGUGUGCUGAUGAGAGGAGUGUUAGUGAUCUUGUUGGUUCCAUUUGUUCUCAAACAGAAAAAAAAAACUCUAAACAAAACAAACUCAGCACGUAAUGGAUGGCUGUUCUGGGCUAAACAGGAAGCACAGAACUACUGCAGCAAGGACAAUUUGGCUUCGUUCGCUCGUGUCAAAGGUUUCGUUCACUUCAUUUGCCAAGCUGUGGAUAACACUGAAAUCAAACACAGAAGUGUCAGAAAUGCUGCAAAACACUGGCUUGUUUCCGAACGCUGUUGAAGUGUUUUAUAUCCAUAUUUUUUAUGAAUAUAUUUUAAU